AUGGCGUUCAUUGUUCCACUUGCGGUUGCUGGACCACUCAGGAAGUUCACAUUCCAAAACGAUGUAUGGGCUUAUGGUGUCGUGCUUUGGGAGCUCACUACCCGUGGAUUGACGCCGUACAGUGGCAAAAACGGCCUCGAAAUCCUCGAUUUCUUGCGAGCUGAUAAGCGACUUGAAAUGCCUGAGUAUUGCCCUGCACAGUUGUACACUCAAGUGAUGCUUCCAUGUUGGCAUGCUGAUCCAAAUUGUCGGCCAAAUUUUUCUAAAGUGUUGGUUCUAGUCAACAACCUAAUUACAUGGAUGGAGAACAGCCAGUCUAAUCGACUUUAUAUGUCCUAUAAAAAGAUUUGUCUUUUGGUGAUUUGCCCGUUUUUACUCGCGCUGAACGACAGCGUUCAGGGACAUUCAGCAUUGCGACGUGUGAAAUAG